AUGUCUUCCAACCCUCCACAAUACUUUCCCCCACGCAAGCUCAUCCUUACCAAGGAAAAUCUUGAAGCUUUUCAACAAUCUGAGACGCAUCAGACUAUCGUCUCCUAUAUAACUGCUCUGAAUGAGAGCGUAGUGGGUGUGAAGCUCACGGACGACAUCCCUAUUUCUCCUAAUGUGCAGUCCGUUCUGGACCUGCUUGACCAGGUGGAGGAGAUGGCCAAAGGAAUUCCACCGGUGGAUAACAAAGCUUCGCGGUUUGGAAACCCCGCGUUCAGAACCUUUUAUGACAAGAUUCUUGAAGUACGCUUUACUCUUCUAUGCUUGCUCAGCUCCCCUCCCUCACACGCCGCGGUACAAGCUUGCACCCACACUGCACAAAUCUAUUCCCGGCCUCCCGAAGCCGCAGUUCCAGAAAUUAGCGUAUAUUUUACAGAGUCUUGGGGAAACAGGACACGGAUAGACUAUGGGAGUGGUAUGGAGCUCAAUUUCCUCUGUUGGAUAACAUGUUUGGAGAAGCUGGGCGUGUUCCAAAAGAGUGACCAUAGUGCACUAGUAAUCAAGGUGUUUUGGAGAUACGUCCAAGUUAUGCGCGUACUUCAAUCCACGUACUGGCUGGAACCAGCGGGAUCACACGGCGUUUGGGGUUUGGACGAUUACCAUUUCCUCCCUUUCCUGUGGGGUGCUGCACAGCUACGCGUACAUCCGCCCGAAGUCAAUUCACGACCGGACACGACCGAGGAGUUCUCCAAGCAUUACAUGUAUCUCGCAUGCAUCCAGUUCAUCAACUCUGUGAAGACGGCCUCCCUUCGCUGGCACUCCCCGAUGCUUGACGACAUCUCCGCUGUCAAGACCUGGGACAAGGUGAACGAAGGUCUCCUCAAGAUGUACCUCGCCGAGGUCCUCGGCAAGCUCCCCCAGCAGACUGGAUGGGGCGACUGCUGUGGGAUCCCUGUUCCGUCAGCCUUCGCUGCGGCGCAGGCCGAGGCGUCGAAAAAGCCGGGGGUAAGGCUAGCGGGCCCUGGUAUUCGACCCGUGCCCUUCGAUUGA